AGAAGCGCUCGAAGUGGUCGAUAAAGCCGUUUUGUUGUAUUUAACCGCGUGUGAUCUUCCUUCUGUACACAUUGUUGGGCCUCCGUGCGUUUUCUAAACAAUAAGAAGAUAUUUGAGAAAAUAUAAGUGCCGCUGAUUACAUCAUUUUAUUCUCGUCUCAGUGCACUUUAAGGCUUCCCGGGUAGCUUAGCUUGCUAGCUGCCAACAAAGAGACGCGGAAGUGACCAACGCGCCGCUAAACAGUGAUCGGAUUUGAGUAUAAAGUGUUAUAAAGUGUUGUGGUUGUGUUAACGAAUGAUGGAAUAGAGGGAGGAACUUUGUGGAACAAAAAGAAGAGACCGAAGACAACGUCAACUGCUGGACGCUGUUUCCAACAAACAUCUAGAACAGCAGCGAGAGUGGACCUCCAGGAUGGCGCAGGAGGUACCAAAGACCCCCCACAUUAAAGAGGAAGAGCCACAUUACCUCCACAUUAAAGAGGAAGAAGAGGAACACAGCAUCAGUCAGGAGAGAGAGCACCUUGAGGGAUUGGAGAAGUUCCCAGUGACUGGUGUCCCUGUGAAGAGUGAAGAAGAUGAGGUCAAAGGUGAAAGUGAGGAGCAGAGAGGGGCGGAGCCUCCAAGCAGCAGCUCAAGUCAACACAUGACAACAGAAGGUGAUGGUGGAGACUUAGCUCCAAUGUCAGAUAGUGACGAGACGACGUCUCACUCUUCUCACACUGAUGAUGAUGAAGACUCUAAAGCGGAUCAGACUCGCUUGAAAUGUUCUCAGUGCGACAAAACUUUUGUCAACAAGUCAACUUUGAACACACACAUGACGAUUCACACGGGGGAGAAACCGUUCAGAUGCACAUUUUGCAGUAAAAGAUUCUCUAUCAAAGGACGAAUGAUAGCGCACACAAGAACGCACACCGGAGAAAAACUCUAUGCCUGCUCCAUGUGCGACAAGAGGUUUUCUCACCGCUCAGCCUUUGUGCGACACAAGCGAGCCCACGCCAGCGAGAAGCCCUUCACCUGCAACGUUUGCGGAAAAUGCUUCGCUUUCGUCGGAGGUCUGGAAACCCAUCUGCGAACUCACACGGGCGAAAAACCCUAUUCUUGCGCCGUCUGCAACAGAGGUUUCUGCGACCAUUCCUCGUUUGUCCGACACGCCAGGACGCACACAGGGGAGAAACCAUAUUCCUGUGCAAUCUGCAGCCGGCGUUUCACGCAGACGUCGGCGCUGGUCAAGCACACGCGAAUACACACCGGGGAGAAACCUUUCACCUGCUUAGUGUGUGGCCUGAGAUUAACUCAGAAGUCGCACUUGACAAAACACAUGAGGACACACACCGGCGAGAAAGUGUUCAGUUGCCGUGUGUGUGAUGACAGAUUCUCUUACAAGUACCAGGUGGAUAGUCACAGGUGUGCUGGUGAGAAGACACAACGUAACACUCAUUAGAUGUCAACAUUGCCUUCACACACAUUGUGGCAAUCACUGCAGGGUCCCCAAACUGGAAGAUCGGACUAACGCUUCACAACAGUCUGUAUUACUUUAUUUGGGACGGCGUGGCGCAGUUGGGAGAGUGGCUGUGCCAGCAACCCGAGGGUUCCUGGUUCAAACCCCACCUUCUGCCAACCUCGUCACGUCCGUUGUGUCCUCGAGCAAGACACUUCACCCUUGCUCCUGAUGGGUGGUGGUUAGGGCCUUGCAUGGCCAUCAGUGUGUGAAUGUGGAAAUAAUGUCAAAAGCGCUACCUUGAAGGUAGAAAAGCUAUACAAGCCAUGUAUUUAAUAUAUAGUACAGGCCACAUUUAGGACACAUUUAUUAUUUAUUUUCAUGACUAUUUACAUUGUAGAUAGUCACAUCAAAACUAUGAAUGAACACAUGAGGAGUUAUGUACUUAACGAAAAAAACGACUGAAAACAUGUUUUAUAUUCUAGUUUCUUCCACAUAGCCACCCUUUGCUCUGAUUACUGCUUUGCACACUCUUGGCAUUCUCUCCAUGAGCUUCAAGAGGUAGUCACCUGAAAUGGUUUUCCCUUCACAGGUGUGCUUGAAGCUUUCACAGGUGUGCAUUUCACCUUUUUUUUGUAGAUGUGGGAAACAGCGGGAGGCAGGGUGCAGGUAAAAAUGUGUCUAAUGCUUAAAUCAAAAAUAAACAAAAGGUGAGUGCCCCUAAGAAAAGGCAUUGAAGCUUAGGGAAGGCUAUGCAGAACCAAACUAAAACUGAACUGGCUACAAAGUAGGUGUGCAUUUCACCUCCACACCCCUGAUUGUAAAUAAUGUAAAUAAUUCAUUGUGAUUAUC